UUCCAUCAUGCUGUACCUCGAGGAUUAUCUGGAGAUGAUCGAACAUCUGCCGCAAGAACUGCGCGACCGAUUUACCGAGAUGCGUGAAAUGGAUCUAAGUGUGCAGAAUAAUACGGACGCGUUGGAUAAGCGUGUCCGGGCACUGUUUCAGCAAUGUCGCCGUGGGGAAAUUUCCUCCCCGAUGGCGGACGUCGAGUUUGACUCGAUCCGCACCAACUACUACCGGGUGUUGGACGAUUCGGACGAGAAGAUCCAGCUGGCAGGACAGAUGUACGAUUUGGUCGAGCGUUACCUGCGCCGUCUCGAUACGGAGCUGGACAAGUUCAAGUGUGAGCUGGAGGCGGACCACAACGGCAUUACCGAGAUACUGGAGAAGCGUUCGCUCGAGCUGGACAGCCUGACUAGCAAUGGUGGCACGAAUCAGAAGGAAAAUCGCUUCUACGAUACGCUAAACUCGCACGGUUCGAGCCACGCCAGCCGUUACAAGCUGAAGACGGAAAAGCGCCGUUACAGCGUGGCCGCCGGUGUGCCACUAGGAUCGAUCGAGAAACGUUCCGUCGUCGCCGGAUCGUCGAAGCCGAUCAGCAGCAGCAGCAGCAGCUGCAACAAUUUGCGCCCCACUACACCGGCAAUCAUCACAACUGGUGGGCCUGUGGUGGCUGGCCCUGUUGUUGCUGGUGUCGCUAGCGUCGGCACUAUCGGACCGGUUGCUGGUGCCAUCAAUACUGUGCACUGUCCACAGCCCGUGCCAGUAAUGAAUGCCACGCCGGGUACGGCCAGUGUGGCCGCCACGUACAACUUGCAGACGUGCGGUGCGGGCAAUGCGAUCGUUGCCGCCGCUAGCCAGGCCAUUGCGCAGACGCAACAGAUGCAACAGGGCCGCCGGACGGCCAGCUUGAAGGCAUCGUACGAAGCUAUCGGGGGUGUGGGUUCGCACGAGCUACUGCUCAACAGUGAGCUGGCCGGUGCGACACACAACGCGCUGCAGGCGGUCGAACGGGAGUCGACCGCAUUUUCGAACCAACGGCGACAGAAGAAAAAGGCAAUCGGUACGUCGCUCAGUUGUGGAAACUUGCGCACGAAUUCCACUAUGUUGGUAAAUGCAUCAUCCAUAGCUUCUAUUUUGUCCGCACCCUCGACGAACGUACCUUCAAUUUCUAGCUCGAAUACAAUAGCGCUAUCGGCUGUAGUAAGCUCUACGCCGGUGCAGCAAAAUCAACAGCAGCAGCAGCAGCAGCAGCAGUCAGGACAAACAUCUUCCCAACAGCAGCCGCCAUUUAUACAACAACAUACGCUCAAUCAUCAGCUGCCAGUUCAAUCGCAACAGUUGCUUAUUCACGCUAACACACCGGUGUCGCUGCAGCAUCCGAUGCAACCGGUGAUGCAACAAAUUUCGCUGUCGCAAGCACAAACCCCACCGAGUGUGAAGCAGCAGCAGCAAGUACUGCCCGGCCAGGGACAGCAACAAAUUAUUAAUCAGCAGCAUAAACCGGUUCAGCUCAUGUCGGCGCAACAUCGCAUGCCGUCACGGCAGUUUCAACAACUGCAACAACAGCAGCAGCAGCAGCAGCAACAGCAACUGCAACAACAGCAGCAGCAGUUGCAGCAACAGCAGCAGCAGCAGCAGCUGCAACAACAGCAGCAGCAGCAGCUGCAACGUCCCCAAAUAUUGCAGCAACAAUCGCAGCUACAUGCAGUUCCUCAUCAGCAGCUGCUGCAAGCUCAGUCGCAGCAGAAGCAACAACAACCACAGCCGCAACAGCCGCAACAGCUUCUUCAGCAACAGCAACAACAACUGCAAGUUUUUAAGUCAAUACAGCACAAUUCAUUCCAACAUCAAGCCCAACCACAACAACAGUCGCAUCUGGUGCAGCAGCAGGUAGUGCAGCAUAUACAGCAACUACCGGUGCAACAGCAGCAUCAGCUGCUUGAUCAUCAGCACAAAGACAUACAACUGCAGCAAACGAUGCAGCAACAGCAGCCGACCCAGCAAGUGUUACAACCACAGCCACAGCAAUUACUGCAACAGCAACGGCAGCUGCUGUUACAGCAGCAGCCGCCUUUGCAGGUUGCUCAACAGCAAUUGCUGCAGCUGCAGAACAAGCAGCAGCUGUUGCAACAGCAUGCUGGGCAGCAAGCUGUUCAAGUCCUGCCGCAAACGCUCCAUCCACAGCAGCCGCAACAACAGCAACCACAACAGUCUUUCUUGACGACCGUCACAACACCGACCACCAGUGCCGCGGUGGUGAAUGUGCCGUCGUUCAUGAACACGUUGAUUACGAGCAAUCCGAGCACGAGCACGAACAUAAGCACUAACAGUACCGCCGGCACAACCGAGCCGGCUGUUCCCCUUGACCAGACGGCGGAAGGUGAAUGGUUCGAUCCGAACGAACCACGCUACUGUCUCUGUAACCAGGUGUCUUACGGCGACAUGGUAGCAUGCGACAAUGAGGACUGUCCGUUCGAAUGGUUCCAUUAUCCGUGCGUCAAUAUAAGCUCAUCACCGAAAGGGAAAUGGUACUGUCCCCAGUGCAGUAGCUCCAUGAAACGGCGUGCAUCGAGAAAAAAUUAA